GGUUGCAGGCCGGUGUCUAGACAGCUGUCCCAAAACUGCUUGUGUUAGUUUCGCUAGACACCUCCCUCACAGGCGUGGCCGAAGAGUUGAAGGAGAGGAGGCCCGCCUGGGCCAAGAUGAAGAAGGAGAAUAAAGGGCAGCUGAUUUUAUUAGAUGCAGAGAUUUUUAGAAGUAGAGUAGGGGCCCUAGUAGACUCAGGGGCCACCCGCAGCUAUAUUAGUAAGAAAGCGCUGCAGAAGUUGAGGCUGGGACUUGAAGUCCAGAAACUGACAGACCCCAUAGUUAGUAUCCUUGCGGACAAUCGUACCAUAGUUGUAGAGGAUUACGUAGAGGAAGUCCAGGCGUAUUUCCGCCUAGAGAAAGAUGGGAAGGUGGAGAAGGUCCUCCACUCCCUGACUCUCCUCGUAGAGCACAGCCUCCCGUUUGAUAUAGUGCUGGGAAUGGAUAGGGGAGAGGCAGCCGGGGCAACGCUCCAUCUGAAGGAGCACGAGUGUAGACUCCCAAGUUCUGCAAGCGGGGCUAAGACUGCCCGCCUGUUCCAUGUGUCGAGAGUAGAUAAUUCCUUGGCACAUUGCUACCUUAGUGCCCCUGCGUUCGCCAGAUUGGUGAAGAAGGAGAAAUUAGAGGAACAGGUCUUUGUUGCCUAUGUUAGGCCACUCACUGAGCCUAAGGAAGAGAAGCCCGUAGACCCUGCCAUUGCCAAAUUGCUGGAAGAGUUUAAGGAUUUGACCGAGCCGCCGACAGGCACGGUGCCGCGGCCCAUCCAGCACCGUAUUGAGAUAGAGCCUGGCAGCAGAACUCCUAAGGGUGCUGUGUAUAGGAUGUCCCCACGGGAGUUAGAGGAGCUACGGAAGCAGUUGGACGAGCUCCUUGAAAAGGGUUGGAUUAGGCCCAAUUCGUCUCCUUUUGGAGCCCCUGUUCUCUUUGUCCCUAAGAAAGAGGGAGAGUUGAGGAUGUGUAUAGACUAUAGAGGUCUGAAUGCCAUUACCGUGAAGAAUGCUGAGCCACUGCCUAGGAUAGACGAUCUUUUAGAUCGAGUGCAGUGGGCGAAGUAUUUCUCCAAGAUAGAUUUGAAGUCCGGAUAUCAUCAGAUAGAGGUCCAUCCUGACGAUCAGUACAAGACGGCCUUCCGGACUAGAUAUGGGCACUACGAGUUCAUAGUGAUGCCCUUUGGACUAACAAUGCGCCAGCUACGUUCCAGCGCUGUCUUGGAGAAGCUGAGGGAAGCUAACUUCAAGAUCAAUGCAAAAAAGUGCGAUUGGGCAAAGACCCAAGUUCUGUACCUAGGCCACGUCUUAGACGGAGACGGCGUUAAGCCAGAAGAUAGCAAGAUCGCAGCGAUUAGAGAUUGGCCCACGCCACGUACGCUGACAGAGUUGCGUUCGUUCCUGGGCCUAGCUAAUUACUAUAGGAAGUUCGUGAUGAACUUCUCCACCAUCGCUGCGCCCCUUCGCAGAUUGCUGAGAAAGGAGACCAUCUGGAAGUGGGAUAAGGACUGCACGUCUGCCAUGAAGAAGUUGAAGCAGGCAUUGAUAGAGUAUCCAGUCCUUAAAGUCGCUGACCCGUCCUUACCCUUUGUCGUCACAACCGAUGCGAGUCAAUACGGCAUAGGCGCAGUGUUGCAGCAAGAUGAUGGCAAUGGAUAUAGACCCGUAGAGUUCAUGUCCACCAGAAUGCCUUCAGAGAAGGUCGCGACAUCUACCUAUGAAAGGGAACUCUACGCUCUCAGGCAAGCCUUAGACCACUGGAAACACUACUUGCUUGGGAGGCACUUCAAAGUCUAUUCUGACCAUGAAACGUUACGAUGGUUAAAGACGCAGGCCAAGAUGACACCUAAGCUUACUAGGUGGGCCGCCGAGAUAGAUCAGUACGACUUCGAGCUCAAGCCUGUCAAGGGGAAGUACAACGUAGUUGCGGAUGCUCUGAGUAGGAGGGCAUAUUACUUCGGGGCGAUAGUGCAUUACCUCGAUAUAGGGAAGGAUCUGCAGAGGGAAGCCUACGCGCAGGACCCUAUCUGUAGUGAGCUCCUCACGCGAGUUAAGGAGGCCCCAGAGACCAAGCCGAACUACCGCACUACGGAAGGGUUACUUUUCGAGAAGACUAAUGUCUUUGACCGGUUGUGUAUCCCCAAUAGUGAAGAGAUCCGCAAUUUGAUCUUGGGAGAAUGCCAUGACACAGAGGGUCAUUUUGGUUGGCAGAAGACUUUAGCCAAUCUGAUGCGCGUGUAUACCUGGCCAGGGAUGAAGAAUGACUGCGUAGAGUAUGUCCGCAGUUGCAAAGUUUGCCAGCGUAAUAAGACCCGUACGCGCGCCCCGUUGGGUCUUCUCAAACCCUUACCCAUUCCGGACCAACCGGGAGACUCAGUGUCCAUAGACUUCAUGGACACUCAAGUCAAGAGCGGGCAUGGCAAGAGCCAAGUCAUGGUCAUAGUAGACCGAUUUAGUAAGUACGUAGUCUUUGUUCCUUUGCCUUCAGAGGCACGUACUGAUUUAGUCAUACAGAGAUUUUUUGACUGUUGGGUUAGUGAGAAUGGAAUCCCGCUGUCAAUAGUUAGCGAUAGAGAUAGUCGCUUUACCAGCCAGAACUGGCAAGAGCUCAUGGGAGUGUAUGGAUCUAAGUUGUUGAUGUCAUCUGGCUGUCAUCCAGAGACUAACGGUCAGACAGAGCAAAUGAACAAGAUCCUCCAGCAAGUUCUGCGCAUGUACAUUAGGCCAGAUCAGAUUAACUGGGAUGAGAUGUUACCUAAGGUAGCUAGUGCAUAUAAUAACAGCRUGCAUCUGUCCACCUGCCGCACUCCCAACGAACUGCACAAGUCCUUUAGGCCCCGUAGACCAUUCGAAGGACUUAGCCGGGAUCAGAUUCACAAAUUGCCACCCGGGACCAGCGAGUUAGCUGUGCAACACGAGAAAGAACUAGCUACUGUAGUAGAGAACCUCAGAAAGGCCCAACACAGAAUGAUAGAGCAAGCCAAUAAGCAUCGUCACCCCUCACAGCUUCGAGUAGGGGACUUAGUCUGGGUCAGUUCUAAAGAGUUUGCACCUGAGGAGAACAUCUCGCGUAAGUUACUGCCCACCUAUAGAGGACCGUGGCCAGUCUUAGAAGUCAAAGGCGGCGAAGAUGGACCGUCCUAUACCAUAGAACUCCCAGCACACCUCCACACGUAUCCAGUUUUCCACGCAUCAAAGUUGUUACCGUGUCAAACAAGUGAUCAGUUUCCAUCCCGCAGGUCCAUGAUCCCACCGGAUAUGGAUGGAAGAUACGACAUUGAUGGAAUAGUGGCUGAAGAUGUAUUCAGGACAAGAGGUAGGGGUCGUCCACAGAAACAGUACAAGGUUCACUUUAGUUAUCAAGAACCGGAGGACGACCGCUGGUUUACAAGGUGUGAACUUCUAGAGACAGCUCCUGAUAUAGUCCGAGCCUACGAGAGACAGUAGAGGGGUAAAGGUCCUGCCUUGGACUGAAAUUUUCUCGGAGGACCUCGAAUUUAGGCCGGCGGGAGUGAAACGGUUUUCACCUUUUAGCAGUGGUGGAUGCAGUACCCAGGGUUCGAUCCCUAGACCUCACCCUACCCAUGUACAGUAUCUGCGUAGACCCCGAGA